AUGGGUCAAUCCCAAUCCUCACAGCCGCCGAGAGAGGUCCCAGUCGAGCAACUGAGCCAUGAGCUGGCCCUUCGCUUUGCCUCUAAAUGCUACUCGCAUCUGGAGAUAGCACACUACAAGGACAACUUUAAGACCUUGGCAGAUCACCAGGAAGAUGUCGAGUACUGGAAGGAAGACACAUUGUGCGGCUUCCUCGCCCUCCCCGAGCCACUCAAGGCCGGACCUGUUCUGUAUCACAUGUGUACUUAUCUGGGGGCGUUUCCGUUUCCCAGUCUAGCGCCGUGUAUUUUAACCAGAGAGGCCAUGUUGAAGGUCAUCACCAUCAUGACGGGUAGGUACAAGAAGGUGUUGAAGCGGGGCGACCAGGACAAGAUCAAGCUGCUGUUCCGGAGUCUGGCGGUCUUCGACCGGCGCCACAGUGUACCCUCGCCGAAGGAGGCGCCGAAUAUGGAGGAUAUCGUCAAGCAGCAACUCCCAGACGACAUGUUGAAGGAGCGCGAAGUCGAGCAGGGUGUAAGUUCUCAUGUCGCCGGGUUCGCCAUUGACGAGCCGGUGAACGAUGACGAGGACGAAGACGACGACGACCUUGCCCUUGCCGCACUUGACUCGCUCGACGCCAUUGAAGUCUUCAAGCACGACCAGAAGACGAACCGCAAGAUCAACCAUGCCCUGAUCCCAGUGGAGAAUCUUAAGAGGCUCAUUUCCCUCCUGCUGCUCGUCGCGGGUGUCACACCCCUGACCACGCUGGCUAGCUAUGGAGAACGCCUGGAUGGAGAACGUCUUCAGGCUCUGAACACCUCGGCGGACGCCAUCGUGGCAGCCUUCGACCCGGAACCUCACAGCAGGGGAAUUAGGUAUUCUAACUUCGUCAAGACCGUCACCACGACCUUGCCCGAUCUCUUUGAGCCUCUGAAUGCCCUAUUCGAGCACUUCCUCUUCAGCAAGAACUUCAAUCUCGGCAAACAUCGUGGCCCCCUCCCAGCCGUUGAAGUAGUCGAGGCCAUACCAUCACCCAUCUAUAAAUCACCCGAGGACACUACCUUCAGCACCAUCUUCACCGACACUCUCCUCGCUCAAAUGUCCAUGUCCCUGCAGAUUUCCACGUCUGUGUCGUCAAGCUCUUCCCUCAAGAACAUCUUUGCCUCCAAUGCCCGCUUCAACCAACUCUACUCGACCGCGUCCCACGGCACCUCCCUGUCAUCCUUCUCCCGCCAAGUUCACUCGUGGCAAUCGUCGACAUUGGUCCUCAUCUCCGGCACGCUUCCUGACACCAACCACCCCAUGAUCAUCGGCGCUUACCUCCCCGAACCGUGGCGAGAAAAGCCGACGCCGCCAUCUUCGGGCAGCGACGGACCGUCGAAGGCAGCCUGCCUCUUCCAGCUCCUCCCGCGCCACUGCGUGUUCCUCGCGAAUCAGUACAACCGCACGAUCCCCUUCUCGUAUUUCAACUCGAAAACAGGCAUCGCACUCGGCUGCGUGGUCCCCCCGCAGCAAUCUCGGACGGGUCCGCCGCAGCCGCCGAUCUUGGGCCCGGUGAGCGUGCUGAUCGACAGCGACAUGUCGACGUGCACGUUCCAGCACGACGGGGCCGGCGGGACCGGCGCGUUCAUGACGGACCCGGGUCUGGAGACGGCGCAGAAACAUCAACGGGACACCGCGCAACCCAAAAGGGUGGAAUUCGACCUCGACACGCUCGAGGUCUGGGGCAUCUCCUUCCCCCUCGCCCGCGCCGGCUCGCUCUCCGACAACGCAGGGGAAGAGGACGAGGUGGCAAAACAGAAAAAGCGCCUCGCGUGGGAGGAGGCCGAAGCCGCACGACGCAGGGGGGUCAACUUUGGAGGGGACAAAGACGGGGCAAGGGCACUGUUGGAGAUGGCGGGCUUGGUUGGGGACAAGGCCGGGAAUCGGAGCGGCGGAUCUGUGUAG